AUGCUGAAACGCCGAAAAAGAGCUAUUCCAUUAAUUCCAAAGCAUACUUAUUUAAAAUUGGGUUUUAUCUUAUUGCUGGCUUUGAAUCAAGCAUUCGACGCGGUGAUGGAGACUGUAAUGGGACACAAUCCAAGCUCAUUUCAACUUCUCGUUGAAAUGGGCAUCUCGGUGGUGUGCAUGUUCCUCGAUAAUCCCGAUCAAAUUCGAAUCAAUUCGUGGAUUCAUUUGAUCAUUCUUUUCGUGCUCAAUCUUCUUUUCUUGUCAAGGGACACGGUUACUGAGGAGAUACAGGGUUUUUGCCCAAUGGAUUCAGCCGGUUUCCAUUCCCAAGUCUUCAUCUCAUGGUUUACCUCCAUUGUCAUCAAUGGAAAGAAUAAAACACUAAUCCUUGAAGAUUUACCGGAACUCCCGAAAAACACCGACUCGCAAUUGUUGAAUCGGAAAUGGACAAAAGCGUGGGCACGAGAAGUGAAACGUUGCUCUCAAUCAAACGAUGCUCCCUCAAUUGCCCGUAUUGUUUAUUCGAUUUUCUGGAAGUCGACUCUCUCGGGAGCAAUCGUUCGCCUACUCGCCGACAUUCUCGUCUUUUCGAGUCCAGUCUUGUUGAUGUUGCUAAUCGAUUUCGUCUCCACCCCACUCGCCCCUCUCUCCUUCGGUGUCAUCUGUGCUCUCUCUCUUUUUCUCAUCGCCGAACUCCGUUCAUUUCUCAUCAACAACUAUGCAUUCAUCAACAUGAAAAACUCUGUUUGGUUUCAAUCAAUGAUUUCGAAUGCGAUUUAUUUAAAGAUCUUGCGUCUUUCACCGGCAUCUCGAGGUAAACACACAAUUGGGGAAUUGGUGAAUUUCAUGUCGGUUGAUGUGGAGAAAAUUGUCGCCUAUAUGCCAUUUUUGGUCGAGACUUUUACGGCUCCAUUAGAUAUUUUCCUCUAUAUGCUUCUCCUUUUCAUCAUCAUGGGUCUGACGUCACUGGGCGGGAUUCUCAUCAUGGUGCUUUGUAUUCCAUUGAAUUAUCACGCGAGUCGUUACAUCAAGAAUCAACAAUUGAAACAGAUGCGAGUGAAAGAUGAAAGGACAAAGAUUUCGAAUGAAAUGUUGAAUGGAAUCAAAUUGAUCAAAUUGUAUGCCUGGGAGGAGGCUUUUGAGAAGCGAAUCAAUCAACUUCGGGAUAAAGAAGUGGAGAUCUUGCGUCAAGUGAAUCUAGCGGCUCGUGUGGUUGACGCGGCGAACACUUGUGCUCCGUACAUUGCUACAGUCGCCACAUUUGCACUCUUCGUGCUGUCGUCGAACGAAAAUGUGUUGACACCACAAAUAGCCUUUGUCGCGUUGACGAUCUUCAAUCAAAUCAAAUAUCCGAUGAGAUAUUUUUCGACUUUAUUGAACUAUCUUGUACAGGCAUUAGUCUCAAAAAAGAGAAUCGAGAAAUUCUUGUGCGAAGAAGAGCUGGAUUCAGCUGAAGUCCCAGAAGCCUCAAAUGGGAUGGCGGUCGAGAUUCGGAGUGCCUCAUUCAGCUGGGGUGAUCAAAAAGCUCCGCCCACUCUUCAGGAUAUUUCUUUGUCUAUCAAACAAGGCGAAUUCGUGGCAAUCGUGGGAGCGGUUGGCACUGGGAAGAGCUCUUUUCUGAGUGCAAUUCUGGGAGAGCUGACAACAUUGAGUGGAUCGGUGUCAAGAACAGGUUCCACCGCUUAUUGUCUCCAACAAUCGUGGCUCCAAAAUGCCACCGUUCGCGAGAAUAUUCUUUUCGGGAAACCAUACGAUCGUCGUCACUUCAAACGGGUGAUUGAAGCGGUAGAAUUGACGAAAGAUCUUGAGCUACUCGAGAAUGGAGAGCUCACUCUAGUUGGAGAGAAUGGCCUUAUGUUAUCGGGUGGCCAAAAGGCAAGAAUCGCACUUGCUAGAGCACUCUAUCAGGAUAACGAUGUCUAUUUGCUGGACGAUUGUCUCUCAGCCGUGGACGCUCAUGUCGGCGCGUCGGUCUUCUCGAAAGCGCUUUCAAAUCACGGAUUUUUACGCAAUAAGACGAGAAUUUUUGUGACUCACGGACUUCAUUACACGAGAGAUUGCGACAAGAUCAUUGUAAUGUUGAAUGGAACGAUUCAUCGAAUUGGAACCUAUGACGAACUUUUGUAUGACGACAUUUUCACGAAGAUGCUUCACGAUAUCGAGAGUGAGAAGAAAAAGAAACACGAGGAAGAGAGUGAUGACGAGGACCCGGAAGAGAAACAAAUCAAAAAGCGACAGGCUUCAUUCGCAAAUCGCUCACUUUCGUUGGCCGACUCAUUGAAUUUGCAAGAAGGCGAACAAAUCGGGGAAAGAGUCGAGAGUGGAAAAGUCUCAUGGACAGUUUAUUUAUCUUAUGUGAAAGCGGCGACGAUCAGCUGGUCGAUUCUUCUAUUAGCUUCAUACUUUAUCAGCUGUGGUUUCGGGAUCUCCCGAGCUCUGUGGCUUUCCGCGUGGACUGAUGAUAAUAUUGAUGGGGUGAUCACUGGAGAUACAAAUUAUCAGCUCUUCAUCUUCACCGUUUUGGCUUUUCUCGAGAUCGGUUUUCUCGUGGCCGCUCAAUUCGCACUAGUGUUCGGGUGUCAGUCGGCGAGUUUGCGACUUCACUCACCGCUUUUGGCCUCGAUUUUACGGUCACCAAUGUCUUUCUUUGACAUGACACCAGUUGGACGGAUCGUCAAUCGAUUAUCUAGGGACCUCGAAGUAAUCGAUUCCCUAUUGCCCACCAACAUUGGAUCAGCCACGAAUUGUGCUAUGCAAGUGCUCUUGGUUUUAAUCAUGAUCUCCAUCUCGACACCGCUCUUUUUGGCCACAAUAAUCCCACUGGGGCUGCUUUAUGUCAUCAUUUUGCGUUACUUUAUCGGUUGUGCUCGUCAAUUCAAGAGAAUCGAGAGCGCCCAGCGAUCGCCGAUCAUCUCGUUAUUCGGCGAGACAGCACAGGGAGCCUCAACUAUUCGAGCAUACAAAAAGGUGGACGCCUCAUGUCUCUCUUUCACCACUCAUGUCGACCGGUUUGCUCGCUGUAAAUUUUGCACCUUUUCGGGGAAUCGAUGGAUUGGAUUACGCCUUGAACUCCUCGGGAAUUCGGUUUCCCUGAUCGCUUCAGUGCUGGGUAUCAUCUCGACAAGAAUUUGGGAUCUCUCGCCAGCAAUGGUCGGCCUCUCGAUCUCUUAUGCGUUGACGAUCACUGACAUGCUCUACUUUGGCGUUCGUUGUAUGACUGAAUUGGAGACUUACAUCGUGUCAGUGGAACGAGUGCAAGAGUAUUCAAAGCUACCAGCUGAGCGAGAAUGGCACUCCCCAAUGCCACCACCGGAAACCUGGCCGGAUAAGGGGAAAAUCGAGUGGAGACAUUAUAGUACAAGAUAUCGAAAUGAUCUCCCUUUGGUUGUCAAAGAGCUGUCGGCAAAGAUGAGAAGCGGAGAAAAAGUGGCGAUUAUCGGGAGAACUGGAUCGGGCAAAAGCUCUCUAACUCUUGCUCUCUAUCGAAUGAUUGAGGGAGACGCGGGCAGGAUUUUCAUUGACGGAAUUGACAUCUCAACAAUUGGAUUGCACGAUUUACGAAAGAAAUUGACGAUCAUUCCACAAGAACCAGUUCUUUUCUCUGGCACAAUUCGCUUUAAUUUGGAUCCCUUUGAUCAGCACAGCGAUGAAGAGAUUUGGAAUGCUUUAGAAGCAUGUCAACUAAAGCCGUAUAUCGCGGCACUGAAUGGAGAACUUGAGUAUAAUAUAACAGAGGGUGGACAAAAUAUGAGUGUCGGGCAACGGCAGCUCGUUUGUCUUGGAAGAGCCUUGUUGCAAAAGGGGAAGAUUCUCAUCCUUGAUGAAGCAACAGCAGCUUGCGAUGCUCAAACGGACGCGUGUGUGCAACGGGUGAUUCGCACAGAUUUCGCCGAGUCGACUGUGAUCGCCAUUGCACACCGAUUGAAUACAAUUGCUGACUAUGACAGGAUAAUGGUGCUAGAUUCGGGCCGUUUGAGCGAAUUUGAUUCACCGUAUCGCCUCUUGAACAACCCCAACUCAAUCUACACACAAAUGGUGGCGAAAACAAAGAGGAAUCAC